CAGAGCGCGCGAUCGCGCGGGAAAGUUGGGCACGGAGCGGCCGAGCAACUUGCGAUGCGCCCGCGUCCCGCGUCGUCCUUGCAGCCGCCCUUCGCCUGCCCGCGCCCCGGUCCCUCGGCGGGACAGCGGGGGGCCGCGGAGCUGUGGACGCUGACACUGCUGUGAGAGCAGGGCGAGCGGGUCCCGGGUGGGGGAGCAGUGGGAGCCACGGGUCCUCGCCACCCGCCCGCGUCCUAGAGAAACGGGUGGCUGCCAGACGGAUCCCACAAAACCGUCGCCCCGAGCCGCCCGGAGGUGCGCGGAGAGUCCGGGAAAAUAUCAGUGAAUUGCGCGUCUCCUCAAAAGGACUUUUCAACAUGAAUUCCACGGAGUCCAUCCCGCUGGCACAGUCAACUGUAGCAGGUUUUACAUCUGAGUUAGAAAGUCUCACACCCGUGCCUUCUAAUGAGACCACUUGUGAGAACUGGCGAGAGAUUCACCAUCUGGUUUUUCAUGUAGCAAACGUUUGCUUUGCAGUUGGUUUGCUAAUUCCCACCACUCUUCACCUCCAUAUGAUACUGCUCAGAGUGAUGUUGUCUCUAGGAUGUACCCUUUAUGUGGUCUGGGCCACUCUCUACCGCUGUGCCUUGGAUGUGAUGAUCUGGAACUCGGUGUUCUUGGGUAUCAAUAUUUUGCAUCUUUCAUAUCUUUUGUACAAGAAAAGACCGGUCAAAAUUGAAAAGGAGCUGGGUGGUGUCUACCAUCGGUUGUUUGAACCACUCCGAGUCCCUCCGGAUUUGUUUAGAAGGUUAACCGGACAGUUUUGUAUGAUCCAGACCUUGAAAAGGGGCCAGGUUUACGCCACAGAGGACAAAACCUCAGUUGAUGAUCGUCUUAGUAUUCUCCUAAAAGGAAGAAUGAAGGUCUCCUAUCGAGGACAUUUUCUGCAUAACAUUUACCCGUGUGCCUUUAUAGAUUCUCCCGAAUUCAGAUCAACGCAGAUGCACAAAGGCGAAAAAUUCCAGGUCACCAUUGUUGCAGAUGAUAACUGCAGGUUCUUAUGCUGGUCAAGAGAAAGACUGACUUACUUUCUGGAGUCAGAGCCUUUUCUGUAUGAAAUUUUUAGGUACCUUAUAGGAAAAGACAUUACAAAUAAGCUGUACUCACUGAAUGACCCUACUUUAAAUGAUAAGAAAGUUAAGAAGCUGGAGCCCCAGAUGAGCCUCUGCACACAGAUCUCCAUGCUGGAGAUGAGGAACAGUAUCACCAGCUCCAGCGACGGCGAGGACGGCCUGCACCACUUUCUGCGGGGCUCCUCCAGCACGGCGUCUCUCCCCAUGUCCUCCCCGCAGCAGCGAGCCUCUGCCAAGAUGAAGCCAAUCGAGGAAGGGGUAGAAGAUGACGAUGAGGUCUUUGUGUCUCCAGACGCACUCAAAGUCCAUCAGUUGCCUUGAGCGGCAUCUGGUGACCACGAUGGAGCUGCCCUGAUGAGUGAGCAGGAGAAGUCCCACACUCUGUUGUGACCUUUGGGUGGUUUGCUUCAGUCCCUCCAGAAGGGAAGUGAGGGAGGGCCACAGACACUAGCUGUGUGCUACCUGUCCUGUCAGCCAGCUCCUUGUGUUAGCCAAGCCUUCUGACUAGACCUUGCUCUAUUUUUGCAGUAGAUAUAUUAAUAUUAUUUUAGUUAAUCUUAAAGCUAUCAACACAAACACCUUUUCGCUUAUUUUUCUAAGUUGUGGCCCAUUUCUCAUCUCUGUCAUGGGAAUUUAGAACGAGUUGUUCUUCUGAUCAUUUUAAUGAUGUAAGUUGAAAUCGAGGCUGACAUAACAUUAAAAAGUUUACCUUUUGUUCAAUUGACUUUUUUUAUGGCACAUUUUAGACAAAGACUUGUCUGUUCUUGUUUCCCACCCCAAGACCAGAAGUGAUUCCCUCACUGGGGCCACUCUCCUUGUUGGGUGCAGAUCUCUUGCUAGUGACUGCCUUUAUCUGAAUGGGCCGUGAAUGACCUCAUCCCAUGCCAUUUAUCAGUGACUCUGGAGCCUGGACCUGCGGUAAGGUGUGGAAGCAUUUCUGAGCUCAGUGCCAACUCUCAGCUAAACCAGACUUUCUGUCUUGGAAUUUGGAGCCAUCUUCAGAUACAGUUAAGACCUUACUUUAGAAAUAAAGAAAGAUGGGCUGAGUGAAUAUCACAGGCUGUGGCACCAGCUUUCCCUUCAGUCGGCUUCUGGGAUCACAGAAGCAGAUGUACUGAGCCAGACACUGUGGCUUACACCUGUAAUGCCAGCACUUGGGAGGCUGAGGUAGGAGCAUGAAGAGUUUGAGGUCCACCUGGGGUCACUUAGUAAGACUUUGUCUCCAAACAACAGAAUAUUUAUUUAAGGGCCAGCUGUUUCCAGAACUGUGGUCAAGAGCAAAUCCACGGGGCAGAGCUUUACCUGAGGCCAGAGGCAUCUAACCGGAGUGGUGAUCUGAGGGCCUUGGUAUAGAUCUUUCAUUCCUGCUAGUCACGUUUUUUAGGGAUGUGCGAUAUACUAGGUUUUGCCCAAAUCAUUUGCUUCAGCUGACAGUGGCGCACAGGCCACCCAGCUAAGGCCACUGAUUGGCUAGUCACGUCAUUCACAUUUGCUUCAUCUGCUCAAACCAACUGGAACAUACAAGCCACCCCUCCUGCCUCCCAUCAUGUUCCAUAGCUAAGAAAAAUUCACUUAACAGUUCUUAAUCUUGAAACAAUGAAGGCAGUGGUGACUUAGCCUUGGCUUUAAGGUUGGAGUGACCAGGGGGUCACUUUGUCCAUUAAUCCACAUAAGAUGUGAUAGGGUGAGUCUCAAUUUCCAUGAAACUACUUAGCUCACUCACACAUAAGGCUAAUUUACAGUCAUUCUGCAAAUAACACCCCCUGAGAAGGCAGGAAUAUCGGAUUCCACUGUGACCAGUCUUCAUGUGUGGUGCUUCAGCGGACUUGGCUACCCCUGAUAGUAGAAAAGCUUACCUCUGCUGAUCUGCCAGGAUCUAGUUGAGGUAUUUGUAGUGCUGGGAAUGGAGUUGUUUUAAAGGCACACAGUUAAAAGUAGGUAACUUAGAAUCAUUUAGAAAUGUGUGUGUAUCAGUGUCACUGAUAACAAAGAUCAGAAUCUUGUGGCGAGGGAUCUUCAGAGAGCCAUUUAGUCUGAGUAAGAAACAUGAAACUAUUUUUAAAGACCUCCAAGGACGACAAAGAGACUUGGCGAACAGGAGCUCUGAGCCAUUGAAUAGCCCUCCCACAUAGACCUGACUGCAAAGGAGCAGAAAAGAACAGGAAAAUAGUUCCAAGUUAGGCCUACGGACAACUUUAGAUUCAUUGCCACAGAUGAGCAAGUGUAUUUUUGUAUAAAGCAUACAUUAAUAGAUUAAAGGAUACUUCCUCUGAUUUUAGCAUUCAGUUAGCUCCGAGAUAAUGUUCAGAAAAUGCUCUGCAGAAGUUAUUCUAUCUGUACCCCCGAUCUUUGUUUAAAUGUCCCAUCAAGUCAGUUAUAUGACUCUAGAGUAUAAUAUUUACACCAAAGGAAAAUUGUCAUUUAGAAUAUUUUGAAAGCCCCCAGAACAUUUAUAUUUAUAAAACAGAUAUUAUACAUAUGCACAGCUAUGUUUAUCUUAUGUUAGUCGUAAUGGGUGCUCUGUUACCUUAUUAGUGCUUUCUGAGUUCUCUGUCCCCACCCAUCACCCUGUUAUGCUUUAACAGGCAGGUACCAUCUGUCGUCUGAGGCUUGAUGUGGGUCAGAGGCCACCACCUUAGGAUCAGGCUCAACACCUAUGCUCCUGAAGGUUUUGUGGGGGCUGUUGUUUUCCUUUUGGUUUUUGAGUUUGUUUGUUGGUUUAUUUUACUCAAAGCCACGCGUUUCCACUUCCUGCCCCCGAUUGAUGCCCUAAACACUGAGCACUUGGGUGCUGGAAGAAAUCUUUAGGAAAAGCUGAUGUGACCUGCAUACAUCUUUGUCCCCAGCGCACUCAAGUUGGGGCACGUCCUCCAGGAAAUGUCCCAGCUAGAUGGUGGUGGCACUUAGCCACCCAGUCCUGCCUUUAAGGCUUAGUGCACAUCUCCUGCAGACUCCCAGGGUGCCACCCUUAGGGCUCACUUUUUACUGAAAUCCAUUUCUCCUGAGCCUGCUAUCUAUGCCAGUUUCCUUUCCCCUUCCCUUCCUUGCUUCCCAGCAUCCUUUGCUACUGCCCACUAGAGUGUUGGAAUUCCCACCCACUCGGCUCAGUCUCGAGCAAGCAGUUGACAGCUCUGUGGAAGCUAGAUCGCGUUCAUGCCUUGGUUCUGCUAUCCACGGGAUAACACACUUUUUUUUUUUUUUUAAUAUCACAGCCCCUUGGAACACCCUGGGUAUGAUGACACCGUGUGCAUACUAUAAUUUAAAGAAACUGAUCGUAAGUGCUCUUUAUAGGUUUUCUCUUAUAUUUGCAAGCUAGUUUUAAGAUAACAAAUUUCACAAGUGCUUUCUGCAGACCUACUAUAGGAAGCCUUUCAGGUGCCGUUCACAUGGAUAACACACUCACUUUAUACUAAAGGUGUAUGUCUGAGUAUAAUGUUAUUGUUCAAAUUCACUCCAUACGUUGUCAUUUGAUUAAAUAAAUUUUUACUUAGAAAAA